AUGGGCGACGUUGCGCAGGUAUGCCAUGAAGGCAUCGGAUUUCCAUCGGAGGAGGAACUUGAUCUGGUCAGUGGUUGCCCCGGAGGUGUGGAGGAGGACACAGGCGCCAACUCGGAUAGAGUGGGAAGAAUACUGGAUCUUAUCUUGUUUGGGGUCGAGGUUGUAGAGCGAACAAGCAACAUGGCGCAUGACACGGGUGAUUUCGGCGUCAUGAAGGAAGAGGACGCGGGCGCCAUCUUGGUAUACCGCAAGGGGGACAUUGGUUGUGGUGAUUCCGAUUAA